AUGUCCGCGCCCGGCGCGCGCAGCAUGUCAGGUAUUAGCAGAGAGUGUGUGUGGGUGCAUGUGGGAGGUUGGAAGCUGUAGGAAGCUGUGGGGCUGGCGGAGAGCGCUGCCGCCGCUGCGAGCGUCACACUGCUGAAUGGGAAUCUAUCCGGCAACUCCAGCAGACCGCUGUCUCAUACGCGCGCCCUGCGUAAAACCAAGCGGCGCGUCUCCAAGUGCGGCUCGGGCCGACCCACAGGCGGCGAGCGCGCUCAGUAGCUCGGAUCGGACGUCCACUUUUCCCGCACUUGUUCCCGACUUGCAGCGGCGCACAACAGCAGCAUGCCUGCCAUCAAGAAGGAGCGCCUGGACGGCGACGACAUGGCUCUGGCCGCCUUUAACCAGUCCGAAUACUUGGCCCCUUUAAAUGCCGCCGCGAUCCCCGUGGUGACCCCGCACCCGCCGCCUUACGAGCACAUUUUGGCCCACCACCGCGCGUAUUUGGGGCUCCACGACUCGACGCUGCAUCACCAGCACCUCCAGCACGCCACGGACGACUUGAUGCUGGAGAGGUUCUCCUCCAUCCCGGACUUCCAGCCCUUCUUUGACAACGGCGAGCCGUGCAUCGAGGUGGAGUGCGGGGAAAACAAGGCUUUGCUUUACAUUAACAAACUAUGUCAAGGCAGCAAAGGACCCUCCAUUAAAUAUAGGGGCGAGUGGCUUACUCCCAACGAGUUCCAGUUUGUCAGUGGCCGGGAGACAGCCAAAGACUGGAAGCGGAGUAUUCGACACAAAGGGAAAAGUCUCAAGACACUCAUGUCUAAAGGAAUCUUACAGGUGCAUCCUCCAAUCUGUGAUUGUCCAGGUUGUCGAAUCUCCUCUCCCGUGAAUCGUGGGCGCCUGGCUGAGAAGCGCACCAUCCCGCUGCCCCCCAACCGUGUGCCCAAGAAGGAGCUGGCCUCCAUCUUCAGCAGUGACGACAGCGAAGGGAGCGAGCGAGCCAGUGGGGAUCACGGCCACAUCAAGCAGGAGGACGAGCUUCAUUACAGUAUAGUGCGCAAGAGUCGGGACAGUGACCUCUCUACAAUCAUCUCCAACCUGCACCACAGCAGACAGCAUGGCAUGCCCGAGGGCCAGUCAGCCUCUGACCGCAAUGCCAGUACAGGACACACAGAUGACCUUCUAAGCAAGAGGAGAAGCUUCUCUCCCAACAGCAGCAGCAACUCUCCCUCGGACAGUAAGAAGUCACGCAGCGUAUCCCCCAAAGAGAGCGCACAGAGCCCGGAGGGGGAGGCAGGUGGCAGCCACAGCCACAUGAGCCCCGAAGAGCACUACAGGCGCAUGAUGUCAGCGCUCAGCGAGCAUGGAUCCUACGAGGAGCAGCAGCAACGCCUCUACCAGCUGGCCAGCAGCAUGGGACUGCCCGGACAUGACGUGCUGCGCGCACAGCAGGAAGCAUUGGCUGCGGCGGUGAGGAAUCCGGCGGCCUUAGAAGCUCACCUGCCCACGGGAGGCAGCUCCUCAUCAUCCAGCCAGAGACGCAAGCAGGGCCUACCGCAGCACCGAGAUGCACAUUACACAGACAGGGAACUGUCCCAACCUCCGCCCCUCCUUUCACCUGCGACAGCCCCUCACAUCGCUUUAGGACCUCACUUGCGGGCUCCUUUCCUUGGCUUGCCCUCAGCUCUCUGCCAGGCCCCCGGUUACAGUUUCCUGCAACCGGCUCAAGCUGAAAUUUUUGUGCGGCAGCAGGAGAUACUGAGGAAGCAGAAUCUAGCCAGACUUGAGAUGUCAGCCGAGUUACUGAGACAGAAGGAGUUGGAGAGUCUUCACCAGCGACAGCAACUGCUGAGCUCUGACCCGCUUGCCGUUCUCCCUGCCGGCCUGCCCUCGGACCACCCGGCCCUGCGGAGCCUUCAAGACAUCCCCCAGGGUCAUCCGCUCCGAGAGGAACUGGCCCGCAGCUCCAAUGCCAUGCUGUUGCUUCGACACGGGGCGACGGCGCCCCUGCUAAGCGCCAACCAGCAGGAGCAGCCCAAGACGUCGUCCACCCACAAAGACGCCCAAGCGCAGAGCUCCACCACUGGCUCGGACGCUGAUAAUUCCAGGAAGGCCCUCCGCCGGGGCCCUCAGACUGAGCUCCGCGCUGGCCAUCGCAAAAGAAGAAGAGAGGACAGAGGAAGCGAGGGAGACGAGGACAUGAAGGACUCGGACAGCGAAACAGAAAGGUUUGACGAGAGGCGGGGAGGCGACGGUGCUAAGUCGAGGAGUAAACACAAGGACAGAGGGAGUAGAGAAAGAGACGGCAAGGGGGCGCGUGACGGCACCAAGGACAGCCAUGAAAGCUCAGGCCGGCUCAACGCACCUUGUAGUUCAGCUGGCAGCGACUCGCCCAGUCACCACCUGUUCACCUCAGCGCUGGGAAAGUCGGAUGUCAAGCUUCAGCUUCCGCCUGGAUUUGUGCCACCUCUGCCCGCUCUUCAAGGACAGUCAUUGCCCUUCGGAUUCCCCUACAUCAACCCUUACUUUCACAUGGGCUCUGUGGGAGGUCUUUUCAUGGAUGGGGAGGACUCGCUUCCAGCCAACCCCAUGGAGGACUUAAGCAAGUGGAGUGUGGAGGACGUAUGUGGCUUCAUAAGCAGUCUGGCCGGAUGUGCUGAAUACGCUCAGGUUUUCCGGGAGCAGGUCAUUGAUGGGGAGACAUUAGCUCUGCUCACUGAGGAGCAUCUGCUUGGCAUCAUGGCACUAAAGUUGGGCCCUGCCCUCAGGAUUCGCUCGCAGGUGGCGCGGCGCAUCGGCAGACUUUUCUACAUGACCGGAUUCCCUCUGGCGUUCCCCUUUUCGCCCUCGACCAGCUUGCGCCCCUCGGAGCGGGAUGGGGAGCCCCCGGGUGUACCCGCCGACACCCUCUCCUUGCCCCUUACCCUGCUUCAGAGACCCGCCUCCACGAGUGAAAGCUCUUCUCCUUACCGUGGGCCCACGCCGGGCUGCUCUUCACCCAAGCAGGCGAAGGCCAAUGGCUCUACAGCGGUGGGAAGAUAAGGGCUCCCUCAUCACAGGGUUCGCUUGAACUUCCGGGCCUUAAAACAGAAAUGGAAGGGACAGGAAUAAAGAAGGCGACGUAAAGGACAAUGUGGACUGGAUCCUGGCCAGUGGCUGAGUCUGAGCGGAAUCCAAAGAAAGUGGCUCGGGAGACGCACGAGGCGCAAAAAAGAGACAGCUGGUCACAGACAGCAUGCCAAAAAAGAGGCCACAAACGCCACAUUCUUGCAAGUCAGACAAGCCAACGGCAGCGGAAAGCCGUCCGUCCGUCCUUCUUUCUUUCCUUCCUUCCUUUCCGUGCUGGCUUUUUUUGUCCACCUUCUUUUCUGUACUUGUUCACUGCAAGCCCUGCACAAUCCAGGAAUAAGACUCAUAUCCUUCCUUCUCGUCCUUGUCCGGCCUUGGGGAAGCUGUCGUCGUGGUCUCUGAGGCUGGAGCGGCGCCACGCUAAAACAAGCUCCGUCUUAUCACAGCAACUAUGCAUUCCACUGUCCUGAUACCAAAGAUGACCGGAUGAGUGGAAUUGAAACCAUGUUUCUGCUUUUGUUUGCAUGAAGGGUGACGGACAGAGAGAAAGCGAGAGUGGGGAAUAAAUAAUGCUAGUGCCUCAACAUGAAGCACUCCAUGGUAUUGAGAAGUAUUCGGACCACACUGACAAGAAAAACUAACUGCAAAAAAACACAUCUUAGUUUUGCAAGAACUAGCUCUGAAUUUUACAGAAGUAACCUUUUUAUAUUGAGAAAAAACACCAUGAGAAUAAUAUUAGUAUAUUUUGAGAAUAGUGUAGAUCUUUUUUUUUUUUAUAACAGAAUAAGUCAACUGUUACAAGAAUAGUAAAAAAAAUACACUGAAUAUUAAGAAAGAAUAAAGUCAAACAUUACAUGACUGAAUAGUUGAGCGAACGAAAGUCUGACAAUUACAAGAAAAAAAAAAGCCAAAAAGGGAAAUACACAUAAAUAGUUGAAUGCGCCGGCAUUUCAACAAAUAUUAAACAUUUCCUUCUGCAAAAUAUAUGGCCAAUCAGUGUGUCUUCAAUUGAUUGAUUGAUUUUUCCCUCAGUGUGGUCCUAAUAGUCUUGCGAGUAAAAGACGUGUGUUGCUGGAAACAAUAGCUCACAUCUUUGGACAUUUGUGUUGACUACUGUGGGAGGGUUUGAAAUAAUAAUAAUGAGAAUAAGAAGAAGAAUGAUGAAUCGUGCAAAAAUGUACAGUCAUGCUUGAGAUGAAAAUAUCCUGACGGUUGCAUACGUGGUACUUUCAAUUUUUUGCUAAAUGUAGAUGCACGAAAAAAAUUACUUUUUCUUUACUAAAGUAAUAAUAAUAUUAAUGUGACUCGCUGGACUUUUGUGGUACUUUUGUUCAUAUAUUUUUCUCUCCCUUUUUUUGGACAUUUUUUAAACUAAUAUUAAAAGGCGCUCCAAUCUUGAAUGCUACUUCAGCAUAUAAACGAGGACAAAGUAUUUAUAGGACUUAGUAAAUGAAGCAAAUUAUAUGUAUUAUAAUUAACCCCUGAGAUGGAUUCCAAAGAUACUUUUAUUUUUAUUUUGGUUGCAGGGAAAAGAAAGGCACAGAGCUCUUAUUGCAUUUUUUUUUUUUUAAUCUACGCAAGCAAUUGAUUCAAGUGGUCCCUUUAAAGGUUUUUUCUUCAUCCUAUUUUUCUAUUCACCGCACGGGUGAAAUAAAUAAUACAGAAAUGA